CCGUAGGCCACCAACUAGAAAAAUUCCAUUUCUAUGUCAAAUUACACAUCGAUUUGAAUAUAUGGCGGCCUUGCUUCUUCGCCGGAGACCCUCACCGUCGACCUUUUCUCAUACUCUUUCCUGCAACGUGAAAUGUUUUCCCUCUCCUAUUUGGACAGCUAAUAUGCAUGCUUCUUGGCUCUUAUGGGAUCUAACAUGUGGAGCAUCAGCUCGAAUACAUGUUUCUUCAAGGCAGUUUAGCAGUUCCACUGGUGCAGUGAAGAUGGAUUUUACAGACCUGACUCGGCCUCAUACUUGGUACCCAAUUGCUCGACGAAAGAAGCGAAAUAUAUUUCUUCACGUGGGUCCAACAAACAGUGGAAAGACACAUCAUGCACUGAAGCAGUUGGAGCUCAGUUCUUCUGGUGUCUAUUGUGGUCCUCUGAGAUUGUUGGCAUGGGAGGUUGCAAAACGAUUGAACAAGGCAAAAGUUCUUUGUGAUCUGAUUACCGGACAAGAAAAAGUGGUUGUUGAUGGUGCAAGGCACAAAUCUGUCACUGUAGAGAUGGCUGAUGUAGCCUCUGAUUAUGAUUGUGCUGUUAUUGAUGAAAUUCAGAUGCUAGGGUGCAGGACACGGGGAUUUUCAUUUACACGUGCUCUUUUAGGAAUUUCAGCUAAUGAGCUUCACCUGUGUGGAGAUGCUGCUGCUGUUCCACUAAUUCAAGAAAUUCUAAGUGUGACUGGUGACAGUGUCCAGGUAAAAUUCUACGAGCGACUUUCGCCACUAGUACCAUUAAAGACCCCCCUUGGAUCGUUUUCGGACAUAAGAACUGGUGAUUGCAUUGUGACUUUCUCACGCCACAAAAUAUACAAACUAAAGAGAAAAAUUGAAGACGGUGGAAAACAUUUGUGUUCUGUGGUUUAUGGUUCAUUGCCUCCUGAGACUCGAACAAGGCAGGCCACUAUGUUUAACGAUGAAAGUAGUGAAUUUGAUGUUCUUGUUGCAAGUGAUGCCAUUGGAAUGGGCCUCAAUCUUAACAUUUCUAGAAUUAUAUUUUCGGAAAUGGAGAAGUUUGAUGGACUGGAAAUGCGACCGCUUUCUGUACCAGAGAUCAAACAAAUUGCUGGUAGAGCUGGCAGGUAUGGAUCUAAAUUUCCUGCUGGUGAAGUGACUUGUCUAGCUGCAAAAGACCUACCCUUGAUCCAUUCCUCACUAAACCGCCCAUCUCCAAUUUUAGAGAGGGCUGGACUAUUUCCUACCUUUGAUCUCCUAUACAUGUACUCUCGUUCACAUCUAAAUUGUGGUCUGUGCCAAAUACUGGAACAGUUUUUGGAGAAUGCCAAGUUAUCUGCAAACUAUUUUAUUGCCGAUUGUGAAGAAAUGUUGAAAGUUGCUGCAGUACUCGAUGAGCUGCCAAUUUCCUUGCAUGAUAAGUACCUUUUUUGUAUCAGUCCUGCUGACAUGAGUGAUGAAAUUUUAUCUCAGGGCCUCACACAGUUCGCCCAUACAUAUGCAAAGAAGGAGAUUGUUCGACUUCGAGAAAUAUUUACUCCAGGCACCCUUAAGGUGCCUAAGACUCAAGCUGAACUCAAGGAACUUGAAUCAAUUCAUAAGGUCUUGGAACUAUACGUGUGGUUAAGUUUUCGGCUCGAGGAUUCAUUCCCAGAUCGAGAACUCGCGUCAUCGCAGAAGUCAAUCUGUGGCAUGUUGAUUGAGGAGUUCUUGGAAAGAUUAGGGUUUCAGAAGCCAAUGCCAAGGAGAUUAAAACAGUUUCGAUAGCUUUCACAUCCCCACUUUGUUUCAUUCUACACAUCAAAGAGAAUUUUCACACACAUCCAGUUCCAGGUAAGAGUAGGUUUAAUGAGUUCCAUUUUCUUUCCAUUUGUGGGCUCGAACCGAAUACGGGUCGGGCCUAAUAUUGCAAAACUAAGCCUUUUUUGGGCUCGAUAAUGCCUUUAUACUCGCUUCAUAAUCACAUCGGGCUUGCCCAUGAGCUAACUAGCGAUUGUGCUAGUUCUCAUAAUAUGUUAUAUUUUUAUUUAUUGAACUUUUUUUUUAUAAAAGAAGGAUAAUAUAUGAACU